AUGGCGCCUCGGCGUUCUACUCGAAAGUCAGCAGCCAGAGUGGCAAACGACAACAUUGUCGCUGCUAUAAAGCCAACAUCAAUUUCCAGUGAUUCACCUAUGAAUGCCCAAGUUGAACCGGCUUCGCACAAAAAGCGCAUACGUAACUCUCGCUCAGCCGUGCCGAACUCGUCCGACAACGAUGAUGAUAUGUUGGACAUCGAUUCAUCCAUGCCUCCAGCGCAAGUCCGCCGCAUUCUGAAACAGAUCUCAAUCCCCGCCAUGAAGACCAAGCAGACUGCCGCACCGGUCAAGGCGGAAUCGGAGACUUCGAAUGGCACGCCGUCCCUGGAAAAUUCCGACUACGACACACCCGGCACAAGCAUAUCGAACACACCGGCUGUCUCGCUCGGACGCAGUCUAGGCGCAGCUCGCAAGAGUGGGUUAAGCAAGGCUGUCUCAGCGCGAGGUCGCACUACUAUCCAAGAUACGGAUGGGGAGAUCGAUAUAGUGGAUCUGGAUGCCGAGCUUGCGUUGCAGAUGCAGAUUGAAGAGGACGAGGACGAGGACAAACAGCGCAGCAAGCGCCGCAGGGUGGAGGAAAUCAGUGACGAGGAGGAAGAGAUCGAGAACAUUUACGCCCCGCGAGCUCGAACGAAUACUGCGCCCUACAAAGGCAAAGGCAAGGGUAAAGCAAAGAUGGAGUCUGACACUGAGACCGACGAUGACGCCGACUCGCUGCUCAACGAAUUGAUCGCAGAACCCAUAUACACCGGCAAAGGCAAGGGCAAGGCGACCGUUCAAGAUGUCACACGCCGUCGCAGUCGCUCUGAUCGACCCAGCACGAGCCGCAACACCAUCCUCGACGACAUCAUCAGCGAUCUCGAGGACUCAGAAGAGGAAGAUGAGUUCCAGCCCGACGACGCUGGCUCAGUCAUUGACCUUAGUGAGAUCGAGAGCUUAGCCGCCACUGACAGCGAAGAGGAGCCUCUGAUGGUAGCCAGCGCUCGCCUUCAAAAGGUGUCGGCCAAGGUACCCAAGCGUGCACGAGGCAAGAAGCCAUUCACACAUGCGGAGAAGCUCGAGAAGCGUCAGCGAAUGGCGAGGUACGCACAUAUCGAAGAUAAGUGGGAGCGGAAGCGUGCCAUGAACCGCGAGCGUGCAGAGCAGCAACAUCCAAAGUUGCGCUCAAUGUGGGACGACCUGCAGAAGAUUCCUGUGCUAUCUGUCGGGAGGGCAGAGCAGCCCAAAACCAUUACCCGGCGCUUGAAGCCAUUCCAGCUGGAAGGUCUCAGCUGGAUGAUCCGUCAAGAGAAGACCCAUUAUAGAGGCGGCCUGCUCGGAGAUGAGAUGGGUAUGGGUAAAACCAUUCAAGCCGUCUCGCUCAUCAUGUCCGACUACCCUGCGAAAGCACCGACGCUGGUCUGUGUACCACCCGUUGCUUUAAUGCAAUGGACCAACGAGAUCCGCGAGUACACCGAAAAUAAGCUCAACGUCCUUGUCUACCACGGCACCAACGCCAAGUGCAAGAAGAUGACUGUCAAAGAUUUGAAGAAAUUCGAUGUCAUCAUGGUCUCCUAUAACAGCUUGGAGUCUCUACACCGCAAGGAGGUCAAGGGCUGGAGCCGUGGCGAGGACAUCAUCAAGGAGGCGUCUCCCCUUCACGCCAUUCACUAUCACCGUCUCAUCCUUGAUGAAGCACAUAGCAUCAAAUCUCGCAACACCGGUGUUGCAAAGGCCUGCUUCGCCUUGCAAGGUACUUACAAGUGGUGCUUGUCCGGCACACCGGUGCAGAAUCGCAUUGGAGAGUUCUUCUCCCUUCUACGCUUCCUUGAGGUUCGCCCUUUCGCCGACUACUUCUGUCGUUCUUGCAAGUGCGAGAAGCUGCAUUGGGCAACAGACGACGACCACAUGUGUGUUGCUUGCAACCACGGCGCGUCUGAGCACAUCUCGGUCUUUAAUCAAGAGCUUCUCAACCCCAUUACCGGCGAUGACGUCAACCUUCGUGAGUCGGCGUUGUCGAAACUCCACAUGAUCACAGCCCGCAUCAUGUUGCGCCGCAUGAAGCGCGACCACACUAACUCCAUGGAGCUGCCCAUGAAAGACAUCAUAAUCCACAACGAGUUCUUCAGCGAAGUCGAACGCGACUUUUCGACCUCUAUCAUGUCAAACUCCAACCGCAAGUUUGAUACCUACGUAGCGCAGGGUGUUAUGCUCAAUAACUACGCCAACAUCUUCGGUCUCAUCAUGCAAAUGCGCCAAGUCGCCAACCACCCAGAUCUUCUGCUCAAGAAGAGGGCUGCGGAGGGCAGCUCUAACGUCUUCGUGUGCAACAUAUGCGACGAGCCCGCCGAAGAUGCCAUCCGCUCCCACUGCAAGCACGAGUUCUGCCGCGCCUGUGUAAAGGAUUAUAUGGACACGUGCGAAGCCUCGGGCACCGACGCAGACUGUCCACGCUGCCACAUCGCGCUCACAAUCGACUUCGAGCAGCCGGAGCUCGAGCAGGACGAAGACAGCGUCAAGAAGACCAGCAUCAUCAACCGCAUCAAGAUGGAGAAUUGGACCAGCUCGACGAAGAUCGAGAUGCUCGUGUACGACCUGUACAAGCUGCGCAGCAAGAAGCAGACACUCAAGAGCAUCGUGUUCAGCCAGUUCACCUCCAUGCUGCAGCUCAUUGAGUGGCGCCUCCGCCGUGCGGGUUUCAACACGGUGAUGCUCGACGGCAGCAUGACGCCUGCACAGCGCCAGAAGAGCAUCGAUCACUUCAUGACGAAUCCGGAUGUGGAGGUCUUCCUUGUCUCGCUGAAGGCGGGCGGGGUCGCUCUCAAUCUCACUGAGGCGUCGCGGGUGUUCAUCGUGGAUCCAUGGUGGAACCCCGCCGCCGAAUGGCAAUCUGCUGACCGCUGCCACCGCAUCGGGCAGAAGCGUCCCUGCGUCAUCACACGUCUGUGUAUCGAGGACAGCGUCGAGUCGAGGAUGGUCGCGCUGCAGGAGAAGAAGGCGGCGAUGAUUGCGGGAACUGUCAACAACGACAAGGUUGCCAUGGACCGGCUGAGUCCUGAGGACUUGCAGUUCUUGUUCCGUGGUUCUUAG